AUGUUAACAGCUUGUCGUAUACUACCCACUAGACAUCAAGCUAUUCUUGCUACCACUCGUCGCUUUUAUUCUUCUUCAUACCACGGCCGUAGCAACGACGGCAGCAGUAGUAGUAGCAGCAGCAGCAAUAACAACAGCAAAAGCGAACAAGAACAAGAGAUACCACCCACCGACAAGAGCAAUGUCCAACAGCAUGAGACUGAGCAACAGAAAUCACAGCAGCAACAUCUAUCGUUUAUGCCUGUAAUCAACAUGCCCGAGUCCGAGUUUGCUCACAAUGCGUUCUUUUCCUUACAUCGACCCCUGCUCGGCCUCUCAUCGUCAGAGGAGCGUCCGUUCUUUUCCACUCGUAAUCAUCCAUCGCCGCCCAAUGCAGCUAUUCGAGAAAUGCUUGGUAUCACUGAACCCCAUGAUAAUGAGGAAGCAGAUGAAGCAUUGGCACAAUACAUGAUGCAAUUAAGACCCUUUGAACCUCCUCAACAAGAUGGUGAAUAUCAUGGCGAGAUGGAAGUACGGUUUGAUGAGGCGUUACAUAUCGAUCAACAUUUGCCAACGUAUUACAUGCCCGAAAGCGAUCAAGUGGUGGAUUAUCUCACUGCCAUGCAAGAGAAGCUCGAACAACAAGAUCAGCAACUUGGAAGGAAACGAGGUGCUAGUCGACCUGUUGUUUACGCAAUGACGGCAUCUGAGGCAAGAAGGAAAUCAAUGCAUAUCCAACAAUACAGACAACGUGCAAAACGACAACGACCCAUUGCUAGACUUUUGAUAGAUCGAAGGAAUAGAUAG